GUUGAUCGAACCAUGAACUCACCCCGCUCGGUCAUGCACGCAUCAUGACUACACGUAGACUCGACUGUCUGAUCGUACAUACCUUAGCACUGUUUUGGAUUGCCAAUUGCUGGCCGGUUUCGAAUCCUUUCCUUGGUAGUAUUGAAUCUUGAUCGUGACUUCCCGGAGUGGCUGCGAUUACCUUCUUUUAACAAUUCCUAUCUUUCUGGAAUGAGAUCUCAUUGAACCUACAAUGGUACGGUCACUUUGCCGCUCAGUGAAUGCAGCUUAGCCUGUGAUCUGAGGACAAGGAAAGCCCCAUCAUCUGGCUGUGACGAGAAAUGGAAGAGACAAAAUGGACUGGACGUCUCCUGAACAAGCAGAAGUACCUUGCCGACGUGGCUCUAGUGUCUUUUUGCAGUGGCGCGCUGCCCUGUUCACUUAAGGAGACAAUCAACAUCACUGCCAAAACCAGUAACUCCAAGCUGGAAAAUGUCCUACACCGGCCAAUAUUUCCCGCUGACAACCCCAGUGCUAGGCACGAUCCAGUGAAGCAUGGCAACGUCUGGUAUUAUUAUUGUGAAAUUCGGCCGGAGAGUGACCGUCAGAAUCACUUCCGCAAGCUGCACGACUUCUUUGUGGAAAAGCAAUGGACUGGCAUUGUUGACCUGGAUACUGAACAUAAAUUAUACUUAAUCCCAACAUCGAACGUGAGCGCAUCUUUGGGCUUGAGCAAUGGCGAUUCAACCUCCUGCCUGCAUGGGCUUAUUGUGUGGAAGAACAAGCAAAGUGCCACAGCUAACCGCUCAGCGGGCACGCAAUCGGCAGUUGAUGGUGCCACGUUGUUUGAGGAGACGGGCAGCAAUCCAAUGGGAGUGCUCAUGCAAGUUGCUGGAACCAAUCCCUUUCUGCCCAUUCUCCUGGCAGGUCUGAAGCCUGAGCAGAUGGAGAAAGUUCUCGGCAUUGUUACAGGCAUUUUGAAGUCAUACCCUGCUGGAACACCGCGUGAGGGCGUUCAGGAGAUCAUACAGCAGCAGAUCCAGGGACAGCUUAUGAUGCAGGCUACGAACUCGUUUGGGGGUGCUGCUCCUGCUCCUGCUGCACCUGCUGCCGAUGCAGCAGCAACAGCAGCGGCAGCAGCUUCGCCAGUCAAGGCGGUUGCUAGUGCGCAGCCUGCAGCGGCCGCUCUUGUGAUGACCAAGCCAGCUGUUGCCAGUACUUCAGCCAACACCACGGCUGCUUCCUCCGUGGUCCCGCCGCCAACCAAGCGUCAUGCGGUGGCCACGCAAUCACCGCGCUCCAAAGCAGCAGCGGCAGCAGCGAGUCGGCAGCCUGAUCAAGUAGUUGCAUCCCGGCACGGUGGUAGCAGCACAGGUAUUGACCACAGUGGCGAUGCCAAGACACUCGCCACUCGACUAACACCGAAGCAGAGGAAGAAGAUAACGCCCAUGUCGCCUGAUGCCGAUGUGAGGAGUGAGAAAGCGGGAAGGAAUGCUACUUCUGAUGCCAUGUCCACACUCAGUUCUAGCACUCGUGGCCAUGCACCAGCUCUACCUCUAGCCUAUCAGCCUGUUGUACCAUUAGCCUAUCAGCCUGCUGUGUCGUCUGAUGAUGACAGCCUUCCAGCGUCCAAGAAGAAGAAGAAGUCCCUGAAACGAACACGUCGCCAGUCUGAAAAGUCCGACCGCUCCGUGGAUUCCUCUCCGGUGCGCGCUCGAUCAUCUGAAAGACAUCGAUCACGUUCACCGGGGCGUUCCAAACACCGAAAAUCCACGAAAGAUCGUAAACGAGACUCAUCACACACAGUCCGGUACAGCCAGUCAGACCACUCCGUGGAUUCCUCUCCAGCGCGUGCUCGGUCAUCUGAAAGACAUCGGUCACGUUCGCCAAUACGUUCUAAGCACCGGAAGUUUACGAAAAACCGCAAACGAGACUCGUCACAUGCAGGCCGGCACAGCCAGUCAGACCACUCCGUGGAUUCCUCUCCAGUGCGUGCUCGUUCAACUGAAAGGCAUCGGUCACGUUCCCCAGGACGUUCUAAGCACCGAAAAUCUACAAAGGACCGCAAACGAGACUCGUCACAUGUGGACUGGCACAGCAACUCUUCUGACGACUCUGAGCCGGUAAAGCAUGGAAAGAAGAAGAAGAAAUUAUCUCGGUUUGAAGUUGCUAGCCCAGAGAAGAAGUCCCGCCGAUCAGACCAACACCAGAAAGGACCCAAUAGGGCUAGGGGCAGAUCACCACCUUCAGCUACAUACGCCGUUGCCAAUGCUGUUGAGAGAAGAGACUGGGACAGAUCACCACCUACAGCUGCAAACAUAACUGCCAGUGCUGCUGCGAAAAGGGACCGGAACAGAUCACCACCAACAGCUGCAAACAUUGGUGCCAAUUCUGUUGCAAGAAGGGAAUGGGCCAGAUCACCACCAACAGCUGCAAACAUCGGUGCCAAUGCUGUUGCGAAAAGGGACUGGGCCAGAUCACCACCAACAGCUGCAAACAUCGGUGCCAAUGCUGUUGCAAAAAAGGACGGGAACAGAUCGCCACCAACAGCUGCAAACAUCGGUGCCAAUGCUGUUGCAAAAAGGGACUGGGCCAGAUCACCGCCAACAGCUGCAAACAUUGGUGCCAGUGCUGCUGCGGAUACAAUGAGCACUGCAGUGUCUGCUUUGCCCGUUACUUAUCCCGUAGCAACUUCUGUUGUGCCUGCUGCUAGCAGUUCCACCAGUUCUCCAGCUAUUCCAGCUACUCCACCUAUUCCACCUAUGCCCCCUGUUUCGUACUCUCGCUCGUCCCUCUUCGGCUCCCUGUCAUCUCGCAUCCUACCUCAAUCACCUACUUCGGCAUCGGGACCCAGCAUUGACAGCAAGCCCAUUUCUGCUGCUGCUGCUGCUUCUACUGCAGUGAAAGACUCACCUCUAGGUACAACAGAUAAGCGGAAGCAACACGCACACAAUGAUAGCCAGUCCACUGCUGAAGACAAAACUAGUCCGGAGGAGAGCACUAAACCCCCACCACCCAAGGGCCAUCCAGUCUUUUGUCCGAGAGACGUGAUAAAGGAGCUCAUUGGCACAGCGUUUGAAACGAGAAAGUCGGUCAAUGGUGAUGACAACAACGGCAAGACUGCCGGCUUGAAAUUGCUACGCCUGUCAUCACGAGCCACGGACACACUGCAGCAGGUGACUGAGAAUGGUGUGUCACUGCAGAAUAUGUCCGACGAAUACUCAACAUCGUUUUCCUCAGUCGUUCAGACCAUGCUUCAGCCACGCCUCAAGAAAAAGAGCCGCUGGGCAUUAGCAGCUGAGGAGUUGCCAGGAGCCAGUACACGGCCGUGUACUAUAGAGAAGGCGGAGGAGUACCAGUUUGUUAUGCAUGGCCCUGCAGAUGAUGCCAUCUGUGUCAAGUCUAAGGCCAUUAUCGUGUGUGAAGGUUGUUCUCCCUUCAAACCUACCGGAAUAUCACUAGCUGAAACACUGAAACCUACACUUGUCUUUUCUCCAACUGAUCAUGUACACACCAUCGGCGGCCUACCUCACCUAUUGGAGUUGAAGAUGAGUCGAUCUGUGAAGUUCUUACGCUUCAGAUCUGUUGAUGAUCUACGGGACAUGAAAUGUUUUGAAUUCCUUCCGCAUGGUGGCCUCAUCCUUUCAACGGCAUCCAUUCUCCUAGCGGCUGAUGUUGAAUCAAUCAAGAUUCUGUUUGCCUUUCUGAACCGAAAAGUGUCUGGCGGUCUUCCGUGGAUGCUGAAACUGCACCCGCAUGCCAUGAAGCAUCUACUGGAAAAGUGCUCCAGUGAAGUUCGGGGCAUACUGGAAGCGAAUAUUGGCAAGACCAUGGACGAUUUGCCAGAAGAGGAAUACAUCAAGACAAAGGGCAAGCAAGCAUCGGUCAACACCGUGUGGUGCGACACGCUGAUGGGCUUGCAGAAGAAAUAUGUCUACCAGUACAGGCACUUCAUCUUCUUCUCAGAAAUGGGAGAUGAAGAAAAGAUACCGUUCACAGAGCAAGGGCUCGGCGUGUACAACUUGCUAAAGUUCUUGUCUUCCUUUGUUGGGUACACUCCCGACGAAGGGAACGAGAAAACUGACGUGAAAGAGCUUGGAGAAGCCUCUGCCAACAAGAUGGACGAAAGCUCUUCCUCUGAGAAUGCAGGGGAUAAACCAGCCACUGGCACUGGUGACACCGCUACUGCUGAUGGCGAAGAUGGUACUGGUGCAAAGAAGACAGAUGAAGUGGCAAAGGCUGCAGUGGUCAAGGGGAAACCGCUUCUCAAGUUCAUGAUGGAGAAAAAGGCCGCGGCGGCUGCAGCUGCAAGUCAAGAAGAAGAGGACAAGUCCGAGGUGAUGGAAGUGGUUGAUUCGCCGCCACCGGCCAAUAGCUCAACAGCUGCAGCUAGCACAGUGACGCAGUCUAAUCCUAGAUUUGGCGUAGCCGCCACAGUUGCCGCCAUUGCUUCAGGGCUGGCUGAUAAACCAUCCUUCACUGGUGGUCCGAUUGCAACGGCAACAAGCACAUCGAGGACAGGUAACUUGCCAUGGCCUCUAGGGAUUCAUGCUUCGGUAAGCAGUUCACUGCCGUCGUCAUCAUCAGUAGCUGUAUCAACAGCAGCACCACCGGCAGUAAGCAUGCCUACACCGUGGGCCAGACCACCAGCACCAGCAGCAGUGUCUGUGCCGCUACAGAGCAGCAGCAGCAGACCUAGUGCAACAGUUGCUAGUCAGCAGUCAACUCAUCCCAAGGUGUCCAUUGCUGGUGCUGGUGUUGUGCCUCCACGGCCCUUCAUGCCCGGUGUUGUGCCAUUGCAAGGCACAUCCCAAGUUCGCCCAGGCCAUCCUCCUGCCCGCCCUCCAUUCACGAAUACCGGUGGUACCUUUCCUCCACGACCAGCUGUGCCUCAGGUGCCACCAAUGCAUCAACACCAAGCACAGCCAGCACAACAGCAGAAGCAGCAGCCACCGCCGCAACAGAUACCGCCUGCUUUCCCAUCACCAGGAAUGGGCAAUUUUGCCAAUGGACAGGUAGCUCCUGCUCCUGGAUCUGGUGGCAUACAGCAGUUCUCCCCUGUACCUCCUGGCCCUCCAUCCGCUCCUAACACACCGAAUCGUCCACAACCAUUUGGUUCUGCCCCUGGUCCAGGUCAGCAGCAGCUACCACCAUCUUCAGUAGCAGGUCCUGCACCUCCAGAUGCCCCUGUGCGGCCAAUGCAGGGACCUCCAGUAGGUAUGCCUCCGGGAGGGCAGUUUGUCGGUCCACCGCCACUACCACCUGUUUUAGGCAUGCGACCGCCAUUCGGUCCACCUGGCCCUAGAGGCACCCUCCCUCCUGGCCCACCCGGCUCUCUCCCUCCCGGCCCACCCGGACCUGGAGGCUCCCUCCCUCCCCGCCCCACUGCCCCACCCGGCUCUCUCCCUCCCGGCCCACCCGGACCUGGAGGUUCCCUCCCUCCCGGCCCACCCGGACCUGGAGGCUCCCUCCCUCUCCGCCCCACUGGCCCACCCGGCUCUCUCCCUCCCGGCCCACCCGGACCUAGAGGUUCCCUCCUUCCUGGCCCACCCGGACCUGGAGGCUCCCUUCCUCCCCGCCCCACUGGCCCACCCGGCUCUCUCCCUCCCGGCCCACCCGGACCUGGAGGUUCCCUCCCUCCCGGCCCACCCGGACCUGGAGGCUCCCUCCCUCCCCGCCCCACUGGCCCACCCGGCUCUCUCCCUCCCGGCCCACCCGGACCUGGAGGUUCCCUUCCUCCCGGCCCACCCGGACCUGGAGGUUCCCUCCCUCCCGGCCCACCCGGACCUGGAGGCUCCUUCUCUCCCCGCCCCACUGGCCCACCCGGACCUGGUGGCUCCCUUCCUCCCGGCCCGCGGCCACCCUUCCAACCUUCUGUUGGUAUUAACCUGCCACCGCCUAAUGUAAGUGGCCCUGAAUCCAGUGUUGGCGGGGCUUCUGGAGACGUGGGCUCAUCAGAUGUGAAAGCUCAGUAUGCGCAAGCUGGAGGCCCGUCCAAUCGCCGUCUGCUGAUGCCCCUAAGCCCUGCAGACCAGCAACGACCAGGAAAUGAUGCUAGUCCUGGCAUUGAGCGGCACAUUGGUGCUUUGCCUUCUGGCAAUAAUGACGAUGAUAGUCCGCAGCAACAACGCACCACUGCUGAUCAACGUGUGCCAAAUUUCCCAAGCAUGCCUGACUCUCGUAGACCUGGUGAGCAAAGCCAGCACUCCUUUAAUCAUUUACAAUCAGGGCCCGACCACCAGCAUGAAGGUAAUACUGUGAGAGGAUUUCCUGAUCAAGGUCCGCCACCUCCUCACCUCGAUCAUCAUCAACGCCAGCAGCAGCAGCAGCAUCACACAGGUCCUGGUGGACCACCACCACCAGCAGAGUUUCGGCAUUUAGGUGAACCGGAACACUUCCGGGAAGCAGAUGGCCAUGAGCGUAUGCAUGCAUUCAAUAACGACAACAACAACAGGCCCAGAGAUGAAUUUCAGCCACCUAGCCACCGGCAUGAUCAGCCAGGACAUCACCAGCACCCUGACGAUCCCCAUGAUCACCAUCAUCAUCCGGAUCAUCAUCAUCAUGAUCACGAACCCGUGGCGGCGCAUCAUUUCGAGCACCACCAUCACGAGCAUGAACGCGAGCGUGGCCCGCCUUCAAUUGAUGACCAGCCACCGUGGCACCGUGAGUCGAACCGCGACUUUGACGGCCGCGAUGACGGUCAGCAGGCACCACCUCCUUACUUUGAUCAUCACCUGGCCCGACCAGCAGGAGCAGCACAUACACACCAUCAUGCUGCUGCCUCACAUCACCAUCAUGAGCAUCACGACCAUCACGACCAUCACGACCAUCACGACCAUCAUGACCAGCACCGUCUUCAUCGUAGCCGGUCUCCGCGUGACAGCCGAGAACGAGAUGAGUACUAUGAGCGGGACUUUGAUAACCGACGGCAGCAGCAGCAUCGUCACACUGAUGAACGGCAUUAUGAACGCAACGAGUCACAUCGCCUGCCUCCAAGACGCGGCCGAUUUGACGACAAUUACUGAGGAGCCGACAAACUGUUUCCCCCUGUGGUUAGAAGUUCUUUCUUUUUAUUCUACUUUUGGACAUUGCUAACCACUAUUGCAUUUGAAGUUGCGGGUGGCUUUCACCUGCCUUGAUGCCUGGAUAGGCAUUAUGUUUAUAUCACCACGGAGACCUUCUGCUGCUCCUGCUUGCACACGUUGUACAUAAUGCACAAAUCACUAUACUACUUUGGCUCGUGUACUGUACAAUAUUGCUAUGGACAUACUGUCAGUUAUUCGUUGACUGUUGCUGCUGCUGCUGCUGUUACAGUCAUGGUCGUGUUGUCUUACUUAGCGUUAAGUGUCUUGUCCCCCGUGCAUCCUGCUGUAUGUACUGUAUGUACUGUGCGGUGCGGGGCUUACCAGCUUGCUACCGUCCGUGUCCCAUGUGUUCAUUACGCAUUCGCCAUUAUUCCUUUUCACUUGAACAUUCAUCAUUAGUUGUGAAUAAUCACCACUGAUAAUAGGCUGAUGAUAUUCGCCACAGCAUCUGAUAUAUCCUACAAAGUAAUAUUUAUUGGUUUGACGGCCAGUUAUCAUAGCGUGAUUCAUGCUGGUCCACAUCUCUACUCUUUGUGUCCAAUGGCCAGAAUGGGAAAUGCUUGAUUCCGACAGAAUGCUACAGUUUAGCUUUGUA